UUAUUUUUGGACCAGUCAUUCACGGAAAAAAAGCCUUGACCAAAAGUAACGGGACGUGUUAGAGCCACGGACACAAGGUGAAGAUAACAGACAUGUCGUUUAUAUUUAACUGGAUCUACAGAGGCCUCAGUGGUGUGCUGCAGUUACUAGGUUUGUAUAAGAAGUCUGGGAAGCUGGUGUUCCUUGGUUUGGACAAUGCUGGGAAAACAACACUACUGCACAUGCUUAGAGAUGACCGACUGGGACAGCAUGUGCCAACCCUACAUCCCACAUCAGAAGAGUUAACCAUUGCUGGGAUGACAUUCACAACAUUUGAUCUUGGUGGUCACACACAAGCCAGAAGAAUCUGGAAGAACUACCUCCCAGCUAUAAAUGGUAUAGUCUACCUGGUGGAUUGUGCAGACCAUGAGAGACUACAAGAAGCCAAAAUUGAACUGGAUGCAGCCUUACCUCCGGAUUUGGGCCCGUUCCCAAGAAAACAGGAUAUCUUUUGCGUCAGACUCGUUAAAGAAAAAGUCUUCUUCCAGUUCGAGGCGCUGUUAACAGAUGAGACCAUCUACAAUGUGCCUGUACUUAUCCUCGGGAAUAAGAUCGACCGCCAAGAGGCAAUCAGUGAAGACGCACUCCGAGGGAUGUUCGGACUCAUUGGACACACUACCGGAAAGGGUAAUGUGUCACUGAAGGAGCUGAACCUGAGGCCCAUGGAGAUCUUCAUGUGUAGUGUUCUGAAGAGGCAGGGAUACGGAGAUGGUUUCCGCUGGCUCUCACAGUACAUUGACUGAUCGAUCCAUCACUAUUUCUCUUACUAGAUUCACACUAUACAGCCAACUCAAAACUUACUGGGUGGGCUAGAUUAUUUCAAAUAAAAUGGUCAUUUCCACCAUGGUUCAAGCAACUAUGAUGGAUGUGUAACAAGUUCAGGUCAGCCAAGUACACAAGAGGACAGACAUGCCUCACGAAUCUACCCGCUGGAAAAUCUAUUAACUGCUAGCGUGCUAUAUUUAUUGUAAUUUUUACAUUUGAGAAAGUGUGGCCUCAAUAAGUAAAUAUAUUUCUAAGACAAAUAUAUUUUUAUUGAUACAGUAUUUAUACUCUUGUGUUUUGGACAUAUUUCUUUGGGUUCAAACAGUGUUGAAAUAUGUAAAUGUUUGAUAGUAGAAUAGUAAAAUCUAAUAAUAAUUGGUACACCCUUUUAUAGUCUGAGCCCUAUGUAGUGAAUUCAAACUUCAAAACCAAUAUUGUGUAGUUUACACGUUGCGUCAUAAUGAUCUGUUACUUUCUGAAAGUACUGUGGUGGUGGGCAUUUUGAAUCAUACCUCAGUCAAACAGUUUUAUUAUUACAGUAUUAUUUCUCCUCCCACUUAUGAUGACGUUACAGGGUAGGACAUGUCAUCGCUUUGAACCAGUUCGUAACCAUGGUUUAUUUUUAAGUUGCUGGCAUUGGAUUUCAGAGGGGUUAUUGGUGUAACAGUUCCGCGUUUGUGUCUUUUCGACAUUGCUGCUCUCUCCUUCCACGAACAUUUGAUAUCGGAAGUUUACAUACACUUAAGGUUGGAGUCAUCAAAACUCGUUCUUCAACCACUCCACAAAUGUCUUGUUAACAACCUAUAGUUUUGGCAAGUCGGUUAGGACAUCUACUUUGUGCAUGACACAAGUAAUUUUUCCAACAAUUGUUUACAGACAGAUUAUUUCACUUAUAAUUCACUGUAUCACAAUUCCAGUGGGUCAAGAUUUUACAUGCACUAAGUGUACUGUUCCCUUAAACAGCUUGGAAAAUUCCAAAAAAUGAUGUCAUGGCUUUACAAGCUUCUGAUAGGCUACUUGACAUCAUUUGAGUCAAUUGGAGGUGAACUUGUGGAUGUAUUUCAAGGCCUACCUUCAAACUCAGUGCCUCUUUGCUUGACAUCAUUGGAAAAUCAAAAUAAAUCAGCCAAGACUUCCAGAAAAAAAAUUGUAGACCUCCACAAGUCUUGUUCAUCCUUGGGAGGAAUUUCCAAACGCCCGAAGGUACCACGUUCAUCUGUACAAACAAUAGUACGCAAGUUUAAACACCAUGGGACCAUGCAGCCGUCAUACCGCUCAGGAAGGAGACGCAUUCUGUCUCCUAGAGAUAAAUGUACUUUGGUGUCGAAAAGUGCAAAUCAAUCCCAGAACAACAGCAAAGGACCUUGUGAAGAUGCUUGUGGAAACCGGUACAAAAGUAUCUAUAUCCACUGUAAAACGACACCUAUAUCAACUUCCGCUCAGCAAGGAAGAAGCCACUGCUCCAAAACGGCCAUAAAAAAGCCUGGCUACGGUUUGCAACUGCACAUGGGGACAAAGAUCGUACUUUUUGGAGAAAUGUCCCCUGGUCUGAUGAAACAAAAAUAGAACUGUUUGGCCAUAAUGACAAUUGUUAUGUUUGGAGGAAAAAGGGGGAGGCUUGCAAGCCGAAGAACACCAUCCCAACCAUGAAGCACGGGGGUUAAGGCUUGGUCACAAAUGGGUCUUCCAAAUGGACAAUGACCCCAAGCAUACUUCCAAAGUUAUGGCUUAAGGACAACAAAGUCAAGGUAUUGGAGUGGCCAUCACAAAGCCCUGACCUCAACCAAUAGAACAUUUGCGGGCAUAACUGAAAAGCGUGUGCAAGCACGGAGGCCUACAAACCUGACUCGGAUUCACCAGCUCUGUCAGGAGGAAUGGGCCAAAAUUCACCCAAAUUAUUGUGGAAAGCUUGUGGAGGGCUACCCAAAACGUUUGACCCAAGUUAAACAAUUUAAAGGCAAUGCUACCAAAUACUAAUUGAGUGUAUGUAAACUUCUGACCCAUUGGGAAUGUGAUGAAAUAAAUAAAAGCUGAAGUAAAUCGUUCUCUCUCCUAUUAUUCUGACAUUUCACAUUCUUAAAAUAAAGUGGUAAUCCUACCUGACCUAAAACAGGGAAAUUUUACUUGGAUUAAAUGUCAGGAAUUGUGAAAAACUGAGUUUAAAUGUAUUUGGCUUAGAUGUAUGUAAACUUCCGACUUCAACUGUACUACAUAGCAGGCCUGGGUUCACAUACUUUUAGAAAUCUUUCAAAUACUUUGAUAUUUUUCUUUAGCCUGCCUGGAUUGCCAGGUUUGUACUUCUGGGAAUUUUCUGUUGGUUCUAUUGCAACAUACAAGCUCAAUCAAGCACAGCGGAAGUAUUUUAAAUGAUUUCAAAUUGUAAUUGAGCUAGGUCUGCUAUACCAACCAGGCCAAAUUCUUUUUUCUAUAACUGCCAAAGCGUAUAGGCCUACACCCUUACAUUUAUUCUAAGCAGUUAUCUUUUCAAAUGCAUAUCAUAAAAGGAAAGCAAUGGUGCCCUAAACGUAUUUUACUGUAAAAAACAUGGAAUCUAUGCAGAUGAUAAUUGAUGUUUUAUUACAUGGCUAUUCCAGUAGAAUUCCGCUUCCUUCAAGAAUAUAUUGAUAUCCUAUUAUCCUAAAUAGUUACAUACCAGACAGGUUUUACCAACAAGGACAAAGUUGUUGUUUUCUCAUAAAUGACUGUUUUUGUAUUGAUAAUUCCAGUUGUUUCACUACCAACCAAUGACAUGAAUGUGACUACAAGUGCAUUAACACUUUUUAUUUAUAAAUUGUUUAAUACAAAAGUGCAUUAUUUUGUAAUACCAGGGUUUUAUCACAACUGUGUAGGUUACAGAUGAUGUAUGCAAUUUCCUAUAGUCUACCAACUGUAUACGUGGUUUUUGUUUCUGUAAAAUAAGUACUUGGUGACUAUUGGCUGCUCAUAGCUAUAAUAAACUCAGCAAAAAAAGAAAUGUCCCUUUUUCAGGACCGUCUUUCAAAAAUGAUUUGUAAAAAUCCAAAUAACUUCACAGAUCUUAAUUUGUAAAGGGUUUAAACACUGUUUCCCAUGCUUGUUCAAUGAACCAUUAAUGAACAUGCACCUGUGGAACGGUCAUUAAGACACUAACAGCUUACAGACAGUAGGCAAUUAAGGUCACAGUUAUGAAAACUUAGGAUACUGAAGAGGCCUUUCUACUGACUCUGAAAAACACCUCAAGAAAGAUUCCCAGGGUCCCUGCUCAUCUGCGUGAACUUGCCUUAGGCAUGCUGCAAGGAGGGAUGAGGACUGCAGAUGUGGUCAGGGCAAUAUAUUGCAAUGUCCAUACUGUGAGACGCCUAAGACAGCGGUACAGGGAGACAGGACGGAUCGUUGAUUGUCCUCGCAGUGGCAGACCAUGUGUAACAACACCUGCACAGGAUCGGUACAUCCGAACAUCACACCUGCGGGACAGGUACAGGAUGGCAAUAACAACUGCCCGAGUUACACCAGGAAUGCACAAUCAGUGCUCAGACUGUCCGCAAUAGGCUGAGAGAGGCUGGACUGAGGGCUCAUCCUGACAUGGCCCUCCAGCAUGACAAUGCCACCAGCUAUACUGCUCGUUCAGUGUGUGAUUUCCUGCAAGACCGGAAUGUCAGUGAUCUGCCAUGGCCAGCGAAGAGCCCGGAUCUCAAUCCCAUUGAGCACGUCUGGAUCCUGUUGGACCGGAGGUUGAGGGCUAGGGCCAAUCCCCCCAGAAAUGUCCGGGAACUUGCAGGUGCCUUGGUGGAAGAGUGGGGUAACAUUUCACAGCAAGAACUGGCAAAUAUGGUGCAGUCUAUGAGGAGAUGCACUGCAGUACUUAAUGCAGCUGGUGGCCACACCAGAUACUGACUGUUAACCCCCCCUUUGUUCAGGGACACAUUAUUCCAUUUCUGUUAGUCACAUGUCUGUGGAACUUGUUCAGUUCAUGUCUCAGUUGUUGAAUCUCGUUAUGUUGAAAUAUUUACACAUGUUAAGUUUGCUGAAAAUAAACGCAGUUGACAGUGA